UGGUCUAGUGGACACUAUGGGGAAUGCAUCUGGCAUGAUUGUUGUUUGAAGCAUGUGUCUAAACACAACAUGAACUUGACAUUGGCCAGUGACUGCCUAUGACACCACUACUAUUGCAUCCAAUUCAGACAGCCAUCCUCAACUCAAAAAUCAGGACUUGCUACAGCUGAGGUGAGUAUGGCUGAAGACAUGGGACUCACAGGUGGAUCUCGCCAAGGAAUUUGAGAUUCUUAGUUGGACUCCCUCUGAUCAUCAUCAUCAUCAUCAUAAAUUAUAGAGGCUGAGGUGACGUCAGCGUCAACUGGACUCCUGCGAACGCAAACGGGGUUUAUACCGCGAGUCAAAGCACAAAGAUCUUAAGCAUGUUCAAAGCACUUUUUGCCCUCGAGUAAAGGCAGAUUAUGCUCCGACAACCGCUUCGCUUCACGAGCAGCAGGACGGAGGAUGAGACGGCGGACUCGGGCGCGGAGACCGCGGGAUCUGACUGCAGUAAAAUGUCCUGCAGUAGCACUGACCUCUCGGGCGUCCCGGGUCAGGAGCUCCUUCUGCUCACCAUGCACCUGCUCACCAACCCCGGUGCCUCACUGCUCCUCCAGCACACUCUGGACCGUCUUCUCAAGUGGGUCCGUCCCGGCCUGCGCCUCUUCCACGUGUCCGAGCGGGCCUGUCCCCUUCAUGACUACGCCAGAGCUAACCAACGCCCCGCGGCUGGCCACCCCUCACACGCCGUCACCAUAUUCUUACACGAGUCCUACGGAGAGGAGCGCAUUCUCCGAGUACUGGACUUCCUGCAGUGUCCGCCAUGGCAGUAUCACCAUACGGACAGCUGUGGUGCCGGAGAGCUGAGCACCCCGUCCAGCGCCCUACUGAGGCCCUACCUCCUGCCCAGCCGGGACUUCUACAGCCUGGGUGCGGGGAUGCCGGUGUGGGGCGUACGGCCAGUGCACUACGGAGGGGAGGUGGUGCGGGUGACUUUACACAGCACCUAUGAUAACUUUGAGGACACUGUGCGUUUAUAUGAGACGGUGCUGCAGAGGAGGGCGGAGGAGCAGAAGACAGGCUUUUGCUGGUUCACCCUGCUCACAGAAGCAGGCUUCAGUCUGCAGCUGGCCAUCAAGCAGCUCGCGCCCGGGGUGCGGGUGGAGCCGUGUUACUCCACUGUGCUGCAGUUUAGGGUGGGGGAGAUCGGACAGCUCGUGCCCUUACUGCCAAACACCUGCUCACCUAUCAGCGCCACCCGAUGGCACACCGAAGACCUGGACGGCAACAAGAUCCUCUUUCAAGUUAAAGCUCCAGCACAAGCCCCGGGCUUCCUGAGGUCUGCGUUUCCUCUGAGCUGUCCCAAAAUGCUGCUGAGGAGCUGUGCAGCUGCCAGGCCCCCUUCCACCUCUCCCUGCUGGAGAACGUCCCAUCUGAAGGAUCAGGCUGAGGACCGCUGUCCCCGCGGCGUGAGGUCAGGCGCGUGCGGCAGGGAGAGCACUGGAUCAGACGGCACUUGCAGCUCUCCUCCAGGAAGCUCCUGUUACUCGUCCCAGCGGAGCAGCCCCGCAGGCUUGUCCGUCAACUGGUACGAGUCCGCGAUCACCUCCGAAACCUCCCUGUCCCACCUCCGAUUGGAAGAGGAGGAGCCAGAGACAAACGUGGACACGGGUUGUGCUGUGAAACCGCAGGCCACUUUAGGAGCAUCUGCUCUGGAGACUCUGUAUAGAGACCUGAAACAAGGCCUGGAUGAGGCGGGAUGGACGGCUGACGAGAGCACAAAGAGCGUCCUAGCAGAGACACAGGCUUCACAGCAUCAACAUGCACAAGUAGAUGAGUUCUUCAUCUGACCGUUCACACCAUUCAUUUGGAAAAGCAGCACACAUUUACAUGUACAUACUUGGUAAAGCUGCUUACAGUGCAUUCAAAUUGUAUCAGUUCAUGCAUUUCCUGGGAAUCAAACAGCAAUACUGUCACUUUCAAAUAUGAUUGUCCACUAGCAUAGUUAUGUAAUUGUAAUAAAUGAUGCAUAAAUAACUGAAAAUGCAUUUUAUCUUUUGCAAAGGAUAUACAGAGAGGUUCAAAAUAAAAUGAAGUACCUCUUGCAUUUUAAUCCACCGUUUUCAAUACAAAUUCUAUGAUCAACAUAAUUUAAUUGAAUUAGGGAUUUUGCAGCAAAUUUCAGAAAAAAAGGGUUCCCGUUCAGCUUUAAAGGAUUAGUCCAUUCAAAGAUGAAAAUUUGCUGAUGUAUUAACCCUCAUGUCAUCCAAGAUGAGUUCUUUAUCAGAUUUGAAUAAAUGUGUCAUUCCUUGACUGUCUUAACAAUGGAUUUUCUCUUCAGUGAAUGGGUGCCAUCAGAAGGAGAGUUCAAACAGCUGAUAAAAAAAACAAUAAUCCACAAGUAUCCAUUUUAGUUUUUAACUAAAAUAUGAGUCCAUAAUCUAUAAUAACACUUUCUCCAGUGAAUGAUUUUAAUGUGAGAGACAACAGGAGAUGGACUUUUUCACUGGAGGAAGCUUUUAAAAUAGUGUUUAAAGCGAAUUUUACUUAAAAACUCCUUGAUGGAUUUAUUUCAGAUUUUGUCUUCUUAAGAUGUGAACUGAUGGACUGGAGUGGUGUGGAUUACUUGUGGAUUAUUGUGAUGUUUUUAUCAGCAGUUUGUACUCUCAUUCUGAUGGCACCCAUUCACUGCAGGGGAUCCUUUGGUGAGCAAGUGAUGCAAUGACACAUUUCUACAAAUCUGAUGAGCAAACAAACUCUUCAACAUCUUGUUUGAAGGUGAGGAAAUCUUCAGCUAAUUUUCAUUGUUGGUUGAAUUAUCCCAGCAUGCACUCAAUGUGUCAAAUUUGACUAGUAUUGGACUAGCAACCUAAAAAUAACCCACCAUCUUAAUUAUAUAUUUAAUGUAAUUUAGUCAUUACAUUCUUUUGCUUUUUUUUUUUUUUUUUCACUAUUCACUAAAAUGUGCUUUUUUAUAUCAGAGUUUGAAUCUGGACUUCUGGACCUCAUUCCAUAAAAUAUCUUAGUUUCUAUAAAUCAA